AUGGCGUCCCGUCGAGAAGUCCGCUUCGUCUCCUCCGGCGUCAAGCUCCCGAGCGCCUCCCCGGAUCCUGCCCCUGCCCCGGCGCACGCUAUACUCUCCGCCGCGCUCCCCUUCUCGCACAUCGGCCGCGCCAUCGACGCUGCGGCCCGCCGCCUCGCCGCGUCAUUUCCCAGCUUCCCAAUCGCUUGGGCCGAGAAGGCGGCCGCGCCCUUGCCGCGGAGGCACGAGAAGGAUGGCUUCUGUAGCGGGGGCGAGGAGCGGGUGCUGAUCAACGAGGUGUCCGUGCGCGGAAAGGACGGGGUUCCCCUGGAACGGCCCGAGCUGGAGGAGGCUGCCGCGGCGGCGCUGCGCGCGUGCCGCCCCAGCGCGGAGCUCACGGCGCGGGAGGUGCAGGAGGAUGUGCGCCGCGUCGUGGAGAGCGGUCUCUUCCGCUCCUGCAUGCCCGUCGCUGUCGACACCAGUGACGGCAUUCGCCUUGUCUUGGAGGUGGAGCCGAACCAGGAAUUCCACGGGCUGGUCUGUGAGGGUGCCAAGAUGCUGCCUUCUAAGUUCCUAACUGACUCAUUUCGUGACCGCCAUGGGAAAAUAAUCAACAUAAGACAUUUAUAUCAAGUGGUUAAGUCCAUUAAUGAAUGGUAUCAGGAGCGCAGUCUUACUGGCAUGGUUUCGUCUGCUGAGAUCCUUUCUGGAGGAAUUCUGAGGUUACAAGUUUCUGAAGCCGAGGUUAAUGAUAUAAAUUUUCGCUUUCUGGAUAGAAGAACUGGUGAACCAACUAUUGGGAAGACACAACUAGAUACCAUACUACGGCAACUUACCACCAAGAAGGGUCAGGUUUACAAUAGAGCACAGGUGAAAAGGGAUGUUGAAAGAGUACUCUCUAUGGGAAUUAUGGAGGAUGUUACAAUAACUCUGCAGCCUGUCGGAGAUUCUAAUAAAGUUGAUCUUGUAAUGAAUCUUGUUGAAUCCACUGCUGGUGAGAUCCUUCGUGACGUUGGCAUUUCGAGUCGGACAACAAAUGGGCUUCUUUCUCGACUUCUUGGCGGCUUGGGAUAUUCUCAUUGUAAUGUUUUUGGGAGGAACAAGAAGUUGAAUCUCUUACUAAGGGGGGGCCAAAUAGAUUCGCUUUGUCAUUUAAGCUACACUGACCCUUGGAUUGACGGUGACAAUAAGAGGACGUCCAGAACUGUCAUGGUUCAGAAUUCUUCAACUCCUGGAACACUUAUCCAUGGUGGGGACCAUCCAGAUCAUGGGCCUAUUACAAUAGAACGGGUAACUGCUGGCAUCGAAUAUAGUCGACCAUUAAGGCCUAAAUGGAGUGGUACAUUUGGAUUCAUAUUUCAGCAUGCUGGUGCUCGUGAUAAAGAAGGCAACCCUGUGAUUGGAGAUGUCAAUAACAACCAGUUAACUGUCAGCGGAGAUCCUUAUGACUGCACAUUACUGGCUAAGCUUGGAGGUGUCUACAGAGACUCUGGAGAUCAUAGCUCUACAAUGUUUGUUUUUAAUGCCGAACAAGGUCUGCCCAUUCUUCCACAAUGGCUUAGAUUCAACAGAGUGACAGCACACUUGAAGCAGGGUUAUGAAAUUGGUCCUGCCCGACUUAUGCUAAGCGCUUCUGGCGGUCACGUGGAGGGAAACUUUUCCCCUCAUGAAGCAUUUUCAGUUGGUGGGACAAACAGUGUAAGAGGAUAUGAAGAAGGUGCUAUCGGUACUGGCCGCUCAUAUGCAGUUGGCAGUGGAGAAGUUUCUUGCCGCUUGUUUGGUCCCUUUGAAGGUGUCAUCUUCGGUGACUAUGGUAGUGAUCUUGGCUCUGGUCUAAAUGUUCCUGGGAACCCAGCAGGAGCCCAUGGGAAUCCAGGAAGUGGUUACGGGUAUGGUGUUGGCAUCCGCAUGAACUCACCGCUGGGGCUUCUCAGAGUCGAGUACGCUUUCAACGAUCAACAAGUAGGACGAUUUCACUUUGGGGCUGGCCACAGAAAUUAACCUGUCCGAGGGGCUGUUAUUUAAUCUAGAUGAUCCUCCAUCUGAUCUACUGAGUAUUUGGCGCUCGUAGGAAUGGUGCCAUUUCUUAUCAUGUCUUUGCAAUAUCGAUACAAGUUCUUGUCAAGGAAGUUUUAUCUAGCCCACA